AGGCCGUCCUUCCUCUUCACGUCGUCAGAGGCCGCAGACCUUGACGGGGACGCGAUCCACAGCAUCGGGCUGAGUGGGCUGGCAGAGCUGGAGAAGCAGGAUCCCUCGCUCCACAAGUAUGAGAAGCUUCUGUUCAACCGCUCCCCCUCCACCUUCCACCGAGAGAACCAGUCAUACGACGCCAUGAAGUCAAUCAACCAGUCAAUCAAGAGCCUGUUGAAGGCUCUUGCUCCUUAUUUCCUGCUCCGUCCCACUCACAAGAUCCUCGAGUUUCUGAUCCGAUGCUACCAAGUCCACGAGCACAACCUUGACGAUCUGCUGCUCUGCUGCCUUCCCUAUCACACAACUCCGCAGUUCGUCCGCCUGGUCCAGCUGACUAACCCCAAGGACAAGUGGAGCUUUCUCAAUGGCGUCAAGAAGACCGGCGCUCCUCUGUCAAGGACGGUGCUGGCGGGAGCUUGUAUCUCGGACCUUGCUGUGCUCAAGUUC